AUGAAAAAAGGAUUGGUUAUAACUCACCGGAUUGAAAAAAUAAAAAAUGAUGAGGAUGACAUAUUUCAUGUUCAAGAAGAAUACACAGAAGAAGAAGAAGAAGAAAAUGAAGAACCUAUAUUUGUCCCAAUGAGAAAGGAAAUAAUUAAAAAAGAACAAAUUGAGGAAAAAGAAAUAAAAGAAAAUGUUUUUCCAUCAUAUAAACAACAAACUCAAGACAUUAAUAUAAAUGAAAUUAAUAAAAAACUAAUUCAAAUGACAAUUCAAAAAGAAUUAGAACAAAAAGAAAAUGAAGAAAGUACUGAAGAAUUUAGUAGUGGAGAUGAGUAUGGAGGGAAGGAUGAGUUUGAAGCUUGGCAACAACGUGAAUUAGAAAGACUUCAAAAAGAAUAUAUUGAACAAUUAAAUUAUCAACAUGAUUUGGAAAAAUUAAAAGAGAUUUGUUCAACAGAAUCACAAAGCCAUGAAGAAGAAAAGAAAAAAGAAAGAAAGAAAUGGAAAUUUAUGCAAAAAUAUUAUCAUAUUGGGUCAUUCUUUAGAGAUGGUGGUAAAUGGGAUGUUUCUAAAGGAAAUUGGGACUUUGACGCUGCUACUGGAGAUGAUUGGAUGGAUAAAAGCUUACUACCAAAGAUUCUCCAAACAAAAGAUUGGGGAAAGAAAGGUCGUUCGAAACAUACAAAUUUAAAAGAAGAAGAUACAACAUAUAGAAAUUAUGAUUAA